UUAUGGGUGAUUCAGAGUUGGCUGAGCGCUUCAACCCUAAUUCGAAAAUGUUUAUUGCGACUACAAAUGUAAUCCUACCUGCAGGAUUAGAUGCGACAGAUAUGUUAAUAGUUGUACUAAUUCACAGAAACCAUGCUUUUGGAAUUUCUUGGGCCUUCUUACCGGACAAAUCAGAAACUAGCUUUAACGCUGCAGUUGAGAUCAUAUGUUCCCAAAUUGCUCCUGAGGUUAAUCCUAAUACAAUUUAUUAUGAUUACGAGCAGAGAUUAAAUGAUUCAUUAACAGCCAAUGUCCCAGGAGCAAAUUUGAAAGGAACUUUUCUCGCUUAUGCUGAUAUAGUUAUUGGCCGUGCUAUAGAAUUAAAUGUCAAUUUUGCAGACGAGAACAUUCUGAUCAUUUUUAAAAGGUUACUGGCUAUUUCUCUUCUUCCGGCUGCUAACAUACCAGAAGGAUUCUUGUGGCUUAAAGCAAAUAUUCCUGAAGUUUAUGUGCCUGCUUUUGAAGAAUUAUUUCAGUAUUACCAACAAAGCUGGAUCAAUUCAAUGGGCCCUGAAAAUUUUUCUUUCUACAAUGAUUUCGAUUCAUUCAAUGAUUCAAUGAAAAAUCACAUCCAGAACUUAACCAACUUUUUAGGAAAUAAUAGCAGUAUCUGGAAUUGCCUAAGAGUACUUUUAAAUCAGAGAAUUCGCUCACACAGCGAUUUCCAGUCAUUAAAUAACAAUGGUCGCAUCACAUGCACACCGAGAUGUCGGAGUCUAGUGUCUACACGAAAAUUGCGUCGACUUUGGGAAUUGUUCAGUGCUGAAUGUAUGGAUUACCAUUUGUUUUUUGCCACUGCUUCUGGAAUUUUAACACCAUUUGUUAAUGAUGCUAUUCAUAAUGGCGUUAGAAUUAUUAAUGAUUUACGCCUUUAUCAAGAAAAUAAUGUCGAGGUGAACGUUGAUCUACCAAACCAAAACCGCGGGGCUCAUUAUGUAGGACAAUUGGUAUUCGAGGAACUAGUUGUUGACGAUGUCAGGUUUCUGAACCAUCGUAUUCCGAGAGUUGGUAUUGUUGCUAACGUAUUAAUAGACAACAAUGAAGAUGGUAAUGAUGUUAAUCAAGAAGCUAACGCCGAAGUUGCUGAUAAUGCUCACAACGACCACAUUCGUCAAGAAGCUGCUAACGAUGGUGGUGAUAAUCCCCAGAAUGCUGAAGCUGCUCAUGUUGACGAAGAUGAUAAUGAUGAAAUUCAACUAAUUAUUCCAAAUAAUGGACCUGUAGAAAAUGCUGGAGUGGCUGUAGGCAUCGUACCGGAUGAUCGAGCUUUUGAUGCAGUCGACCAGUUAUGCAUAAUUUGUGCUGACCAGCCUGUCAACCAGUAUUUUCUACCAUGCAGGCAUCAAAUUGCUUGCUAUGGAUGUGUUGAAAGUUGGCGGGCAGUAUCAGUCGAGAGCGAGACAGAUUUUAUAUGCCCCGUCUGUCGACAACUCACAAAUGAAGUGGCCAUAGUGACGGCUGCUGCUGCUGCCUAA